AUGAAUAACUCAAAUCCCUAUUUAUUCCCCUCCACUGAUUCUAACCCACAAAUAUUUAAUGGAAUUACAAAGAAAAGUAAUUAUUUAUUAAAAAGAAUGUCUUUCAAUAAUUUAUCUCAACAACAGUUAAUUCCUUCCCCAUUUCCAAUUUCAAAAUUUGCUUCUUGUUCACAAGUUCCAUCUAUUAGUAAUAGUUCAAAUGGGACAAUGAAUGUUGCAAAAAAAUAUUCUUUUAAAAAUAAUCAAAGAAGGCAACAAAAUUUUCCUUCUUUUCCCGAAAAUAUUUCCAAAAAAAGACUAUCUUUAACAAAAUCAUCGAAAUUUUUACAAAAAACAAUAAAAGAAGCAAUUGAUAUAAAAAAUAAAGCUUUUAUUCAAAGUUAUAAAGAUUUAAUACGGAGAGAAAAGAAGAAAGAAGGGAAUGAAGAAGAAAUUAAAAGUGUGGAUGACGGGGAAGAGGAAGUAACGGAUGAAGAAGAAUACGAAUACAUAUCAGAUUAUGAGGAUGAUGAAGAAGAGGAAUAUGAAGAGUGUGAAGAGGAAGAUUUGGAUGAGGAAGAGAAUGAAUGGCAUGAGGGAGAGAAGGGUGAUAUUAAUCAGAAAAUGAAAGAAUGGAGGUCUUCGGAAGGAAAUGUUCCUCUUGAAAAAUUUCUUCCUUGUAGAGGCUUAGUAGUAAAUGGAAUUGAAAGUAAAGAUGAUAAAAGCCUAGUAGAGAAUGGCUGUUUUCGCAUAGAUACGCUCAAAUCCUCAUCUGUGUUUGAGCUUAAGCUAGAAAGGGAAAAAGAGGAGAUUUGUAAAGAUUUUGUUGGUAAGGAGGAAUGUGAGCUAAGGAUUGAAGAAGAAAAUUAUGAAAAUUAUGAUUAUAGCCUAAGAAAGGACGGUGAAAAAGAAGACAAUGAACAAAAAGAGAAUGAAAUAGAGGAUGAAGAUUGGGAUGAAGAGGUAGAUGAUGAAGCAGAAGAUGAAGCAUAUCUCUCACCCUGGAGCAGUCGUCGUUCUGAUAGAAGUACUCCUUUAAGUCAAUGUAGUACUUCAACAGCUACGUUUAUAAUGAAUUUGCCUGUUCCAACCGGUGCUGAAUUGCCUCCUUCAGCUUCCUCAUAUCAUCACAAUAGUAGAGAGGAAUGGAGGCACUCAUCACCCGUUGAUAAAUUAGUUGUAGAUGAAGUUCACUUCACUUUUCGUCUUUUUACGUCCACCCCGUCCACAUCCUCACCACGUAACAGUAAAGAGAAUACAGAAAAUGCUGAUACCAAGCAAAGUCCCAGAUGGCGUGCAGAUUCUCUCAAUGAAGCCUUGCCUGCAUUUAGAAAAGACCAACAACCACAAAAACAACAAAUUUUGCCAUCAGUUGAUCAAAAACAGAGGCUUUCAACUUCACUAGAAAAUACACCACUCUCUUCCCCUGUUAAUGAAUCGCUACAACAUAUUGGCAAAACUGAACAAAAUUCCACCCUUCCAAUAAUAGAACCCCCAACCCCAACAACAAAUACCUCCUCUUCUCUUCCUUUAAUUCAAACAGAAAAAAGAAAAAUAAAUAUAGAAGAUAAUAAUAAAUAUUUAAAUGGAUUUGCUUUAAAUAAUGAUAAUGAAGUUAUUUCUUCAACAUUUUUGCCACAAACUGUUAUACAAACAUCUGCAUUACAAGCUCAGCAACAAAUCAAAAAUAAUUCUACAACAACACCAACAUCUUCCUUACAAAAUAACCAGAAAAACAAUAUAAUAUCUCAAAAUUGUAUUAUUCCUAAUAAUUCAGAAUUACAACAACAAAAAACAAAUAAUAAUUAUGAAUUUGAAAAACAAUUUUCCUCUUCUCUAUCACCGCCUCCUUGUUAUCAACAAGCAGCCAAUUCAUUGAGGUUAUCUCCAAUAGCUGGACGUUUAGCGGGAAUACCUAGAUUUCAUUUUCCCAUGGGUAGGCCAAUUGGAAAGGUGGAAAGUGAUGCUAAACUUAACAGAAUCAAAGAGCUUUUUCAAUCCUUCCCGGACGGCAAAAUAUCUUUUGCUGAUUUUGAUGAACUUUGUAGACGAAUGGAUAUGGCUAUUUAUACAAAGGCAAAAUUUUAUUUUUUAUUUUCAUUUAAACAAAAAAGCUAUAAAAUAAGCAAAGAUAAUCAUGAAAAAUAUUGUUAA